UCGCAUUAAAGAAACCGAAACGAAAUGAGCUACAAACUGGGCCUGAUUGCACUAAGUGUACUGAUAUGCGCUCUGUGCGUGCACAGUGCCGCAAUGGAUCAGUCUCAACUGGUGGUGGAGAAGCAGCAAGAAGAUGGCCAGACAACUGGGAAAAUGGAUACCACCAAUGUGCCGGAGGAGUGCCAUCAGCCAAAGGAGACGGGUCGCUGCUUUGCGCUCUUCUAUCGCUACGCCUACAAUCUGGACACGCACUCCUGCGAGGAGUUCGUUUACGGCGGCUGUGCCGGCAAUAGCAACAAUUUUGAGACCAAAGAGCAAUGCGAACAGGUCUGCCUAGGCAAAUCAGCAUCCGCCACAGAGCAGAGCACCGAGCUGACUACAGAGCAAGUGCAACAAGCAGCAGAGACGACGCCAAGCAGCACCAGCAGUUAAUCUCAUUUGGCAUUGUGGGAAGAACCUGGACAGGGUACACCUUGUUUAUAAUUACUAACACUUGAAAUCAUUGUAAUCACUCUCCCACUAUGUAAAGUGCACAGCUCCAUGGGCGGACGGCCCAAAUGGGGAUUAUUAAAAACUUAUUUCCGUUGCCAAUAUAGUAUAUAUAAUAAAUAAAUGUUGACCUAUUUUUAUCACUAC